AUGGCUUCUGGCCAUGACGAUAUCCGUCACAUGAAGAACGAAAGAUCAGCACGGAGUCAUCGCAGUCGUAAGACGAUGAGACAAGGUCUUCUUAGCACAAUUCAACAGACAAAAGUCCAAGCCAACACUUCUUCGGUAUUCGGUGACGCUAAUCUACGACUUCCUUUCAUCCACCUUCUCAAACGAGAUGAAAGUUGGGAGGAUUGUAUCCUUCGCGAGUAUCCUGUUACAGUUCUACCCAGUUUGCCUGACUUUCUCAUUUCUUCAGCUGACAACCAGGGGACCAACAAGUCAUCAUUGAUGCUCCCUUUCACAUCUCAGCAUCUUCUGAUUAGUCAGUCGUCCCAGCCCAUGCAGCAACUCGUAUCUUAUUCUGAUUUACUUCAUUUCGGCCAAAUCAAGUCCAGCUUAGUAAACUCUAGCUUCUCUAAAUCAAAGUAUUUGGUUGAGCCAAUUGAUUCGGCUCACAAUUAUCCUGUGGUUAGCCUUAGUAACUCUCCAAAACCAGAUGAACACUAUGAAUCUAUUCAGCAAGCACAUCUGAACAAUGUAUCUAGUCGACUGGCUAAGCUUAUUGUAUUGCACAUUCAAUUGCCUCGAGCAGGACAGUCGGCUUUUAAUGGGGGUCACGAUAUAGCACCGUUGGAUUCAUCCACAAGCUCGGAGGCAAAUCAUCUGUCUCUCGCGCAGGAGUUUGGUUCUACUGGAUCUGAAGUAAUCUCCUUCCAAGGGGGUGAUGGAUUAACAUUCGAAAAGUCGAGCAAACGACAAUCUGCGUGGGCGAAGGCCUUAGUAGGUGUGCAGAGAAAACGCCUUGCAGCAGUAGUAAGUUGUUUUUUAAUAGCCAGCGUCUGCAUUUAA